CUGGCCGCUUCCCCUGAGCGAACCUUUAGAACUCCGAGACACAAUAUUCUGUUACAUUGUAGCAAAAUGGCGACUGUCAUUCACAACCCCCUGAAAGCACUCGGGGACCAGUUCUACAAAGAAGCGAUUGAGCACUGUCGCAGCUACAACUCCCGGCUCUGUGCCGAGCGAAGCGUCCGCCUUCCCUUCCUGGAUUCGCAGACUGGGGUAGCCCAGAACAACUGCUACAUCUGGAUGGAGAAGAGGCACAGGGGACCAGGCCUGGCCCCAGGUCAGCUCUACACAUACCCAGCACGUUGCUGGCGCAAAAAAAGGCGUUUGCAUCCCCCUGAGGAUUCCAGGCUGAAGCUGCUGGAAAUUAAACCUGAAGUUGAUCUGCCUCUGAAAAAAGAUGGGUUCACCUCAGAAAGUACAACUCUGGAAGCCUUGCUGCGUGGAGAGGGAAUAGAGAAAAAAACAGACACUAAAGAGGAAGACACUAUACAAGAAAUCCAGAGGGUUUUAGAAAAUGAUGAAAAUGCAGAUGAAGUGAACGAGGAAGAAGACUUGGAAGAAGAUAUUCCAAAACGAAAGAACAGGCCUAGAGGACGGCCAAAGACACCCACCUGGAAAAAAAUUUUCCAGAAAAAUGCUCGGGGAUCUGGAGGUGGCAGGAGACGGAAUGAUGCUGCCUCCCAGGAUGAUCAUGACAAACCCUAUGUUUGUGACAAUAGUUACAAACAAAAGCAUAAGUCAAAAAUCUCCGACAAAGUCUGUGGCAAGCGUUACAAGAACAGGCCUGGGCUGAGCUACCACUAUGCUCACACUCACCUGGCCAGUGAAGAGGGUGAUGAAGCCCGCGAGCAGGAGACCCGCUCUUCCCCUGUCCACCGAAAUGAAAACCACAAACCCCAGAAAGGACCAGACGGGGUCAUCAUUCCCAAUAACUACUGUGACUUCUGCCUCGGAGGCUCCAAUAUGAACAAAAAAAGUGGCCGGCCUGAGGAACUUGUAUCGUGCUCAGACUGUGGGCGCUCUGGACACCCGACCUGCCUGCAGUUCACCACAAACAUGACUGAGGCUGUUAAAACCUAUCAGUGGCAAUGCAUUGAGUGCAAAUCCUGCAGCCUUUGUGGGACCUCAGAGAACGAUGACCAGCUGCUCUUCUGUGAUGACUGUGACCGUGGCUAUCACAUGUAUUGCUUGAAUCCACCAGUCUUUGAGCCCCCAGAAGGGAGCUGGAGUUGUCAUUUGUGCCAGGAGCUGCUCAGAGAGAGAGCAUCAGCUUUUGGCUACCAGGCCUGAGGAGCUCCAGCAGUCAAGAAACACCUUGCUCUGGUGUUGCCAUACCAGCACACAAUUCCCUUCCAGAACACAAAGACACAACCCACAUCCAAACGAAUGGACACUCAAGUACAGGAAGAGGUAUCUGUGGUAUUCACUGUCACAAUGCCAGACCUCCUGGGCUCUGCUAGGACUGUGUACUUUCCCAAUGAUCCAGAUGAAAUCUCUUCACUGCUAUGCAUGGUUGCUGCUUGCCAUUAACAGGCUCACAUGCAUUAUGGAAGGGGGAGGGUUGUUAUACUGACAUGGAGAAGUCAAUUUUGUGUGGCCUUGUGCUUUCUGUUUACUCUUUUUUAAAAUGAAAAAGUAGUAAGAUAUUUCCCAAGGAAUUAUUGGUGAGUACUUCAGCUGGGAGCAGCACCAGGUGUUUCUUUUCAUAGGCUUGACUGGAAAUCUCUUUACUGCAACCACUCUAGAUGCAUGGGUGCUUAAGAGGGGUGCUCUGAGAGUUGCAUUUAGUUCAGUACUUCCCAGUUCAUGAACAGCACAUUGUCACUAAGAGAAGCACUGAUCAAAACUUUUUGGGGUGACACUUCCUCCACUGAAUCAAAUGCCCUGAUUUGGCAGACCAUUAGGAAUGUUUGAAGUGUAAGGAAGAGCAGUACUGGUAUGUACACACUCAGAUGCUUAGAAAUGCCUUUGGUAUUCAGGAUAUUCAGGCAUACUGUCCCACUGCAAUUCCAGCAAUACCUUCUGGACACAUAAUUUCGUUCAGAAAAUUCUGAGUGAAAAAUCUUAUGUAUGCAACUGACUUUCUGUUUAGGUCAGAAUAUUGAACAAAAGAAAAAUUGUCAUCUUAAGUUGGUCAUAGGAAGUAAAAAUUGACAGUUUUCUGAGCAAUCUAACGUAAGUUGCAGAAAGGAACAAUUUUGGCUUAAGGUCAAAUGAAGCACUUCGAUUAAUUUUUUAAAAUUUCUAAACUAAAAUGCUCUGCAACUGAAAACUGCAAUUUCUGGGCGUUGCCUAAUCUGAGCUUUCAGCAUUUCCAAAGUGUUACUGGUUUUUGUCAAAGUAAUUCCCAAGAUCUAACUGAAUUUCCAAAUAAUUCUCCCCCAAAUUCCCUACAACUGCAUUUUUGGCCAAUAACAAAAUUUGUCUAGAAACCUUCCCCAACUCUAAAGAAAAGAAUAAUUUGCUGAACCUAACACAAAAAAAUUUAAAUAGGAAUAGUUCUACUUUAUUUAAACAAAGCUUUACAUGUGAAAUG